AUCCUGCCCUGUUCUUCCAGCAACAUCCUUGAUAGGGGUGGAAUGAGGGGUGUCCCUAGCCACGGCCCUGCUUUCAGUGUACAAAAUAGGUGCUUUUUUCUUUAAGCUGAGAAGAACAAAAUGCCUGCUGGUUACAAACCUUCACCGUUUGAUAAAAAAGUCCUCCUGUGGGCAGGACGCUUUAAGGCUGAAGAGGAUAUUCCUCCAAGGAUCCCGCACGAAAUGCUGGAUUUUGCAAGAAGUAAAGUUCGAAUAAAAGUCUGUUACAUCAUGAUUGGACUUACAAUUGUAGCCUGCUUAGCUACAAUUGCAUCUGCUAAAAGAGCUACUGAACACCAGGAAUCCUUAAUAAGCGGGAACCUAGCCAAGAAAGCCAAAUGGCGUGAAGAGGCUGCAACAGCAGUAGAGUCAAAGACUAAAUAAUCUUUAAAACUUGAGCAGCUGCUUGUAGGAGCAAACUUUAAAAUACCUAAACAAUUUCUUUGUAUUGGCAAUUUUCUCCAUUAAUGAGACUGUAUUAAUAAAACUUUGAUAAAUUAGAGCGCAACUAAAGUUGCAUAG